AUGACACUCCUGGGGUCUGAGCACUCUUUGCUGAUUAGGACCAAGUUCAGAUCAGUUUUACAGUUACGACUCCAACAGAGAAGGACCCAAGAACAGCUGGCUAACCAAGGCAUCGUACCACCCCUGAAAAGCCCACCUGAAUUCCAUGAACAAAGAAAGCAUUUGGAUAGUGACAAGGCUGAAGACACCCUGAAGCGCAAGGCAAGAAGCAGGUCUGACCGUGCGGCUGUGGUGAAAAUGCACAUACUCCAAGCCUCCACUGCAGAGAGAUCAGUUCCGACUGCCCAGAUGAAGCUGAAAAGAGCCCGUCUCGCAGAUGACCUCAACGAAAAGAUUGCUCUCCGGCCGGGGCCGCUGGAGCUGGUGGAGAAGAACAUACUCCCUGUGGACUCCGCUGUGAAAGAGGCCAUUAAAGGGAACCAGGUGACUUUCUCCAAGUCGGCCGAUGCGUUUGCCUUUGAGGAGGACAGCAGCAGCGAUGGGCUUUCUCCGGAUCAGACUCGAGGGGAAGACCUCCAGGGCUCAGCAGGAUCCCCCCCAGACACAAAAGCUACGGAGACCCCUGUGGCAGGUCCUCUCGGGACAGUCCAGGAUCCAGAAAAUGAGAGGAGUGACUCAGCCCCACAACCCGGCAACCAGCCAGACCCGGGCAAGCAGGGGCUUGGCUCCCUGGGCAACCCCAUCCCUGUGCACACAGCCGUAAAGUCCAAGUCCUUGGGUGACAGCAAGAACCGCCACAAAAAGCCCAAGGACCCCAAGCCGAAGGUGAAGAAGCUCAAAUACCACCAGUACAUCCCCCCGGACCAGAAGGCCGAGAAGUCCCCUCCGCCCAUGGACUCCGCCUACGCCCGGCUGCUCCAGCAGCAGCAGCUCUUCCUGCAGCUGCAGAUCCUCAGCCAGCAGCAGCAGCACCGCUUCAGCUACCCCGGGCUGCACGCAGCUCCACUCAAGGAACCAAAUGAGCAGAUGGCCAGAAAUCCAAACGCUGCUUCAGCACCGUUGAGCAGUACCCCUUUGUCUCCUGCAAAAAACAGCUUUUCUGGACAAACUGGUGUCUCUUCUCUCAAGCCAGGCCCACUCCCAUCCAACCUAGAUGAUCUGAAGGUCUCUGAGUUAAGACAACAGCUUCGAAUACGAGGUUUGCCCGUGUCCGGUACCAAGACGGCCCUCAUGGACCGACUCCGGCCCUUCCAGGACUGCUCUGGGAACCCUGUGCCCAACUUCGGUGACAUCACGACGGUCACCUUUCCGGUCACGCCCAGCAACGCGCUGCCCAGUUACCAGUCCUCCCCCUCCACCGGCGCCCUGUCCAACGGCUUCUACCACUUCGGCAGCACUAGCUCCAGCCCCCCGAUCUCGCCCGCCUCGUCUGACCUGUCGGUGGCGGGGUCCCUGCCGGACACCUUCAACGACGCCUCUCCAUCCUUCGGCCUGCAUCCCUCCCCGGUCCCCGCGUGCGCUGAGGAAACCCUCAUGGGCAGUCUGAACGGCGGCUCCAUGCUUCCGGAGUUGGACGGGCUAGACUCGGAGAAGGACAAGAUGCUGGUGGAGAAGCAGAAGGUGAUCAACGAGCUCACCUGGAAGCUCCAGCAGGAACAGAGGCAGGUGGAGGAGCUGAGGCUGCAGCUGCAGCAGCACAAGAGGAGCGGCUGUCCCGACAAGAAGCCGCCGCCCUUCCCGGCCGCCCCCAUCAAGCAGGAGGACGCCGUGUCCAGCUGUCCUUUCUCAUCCCGGCAAACGGCCGUGAAAAGACAGAGCACCGGCUCGGAGGGCCAGCCGCCGCCGCCUCGCGAAGACGCUCAGCUCCUGCCCCUGGGGAGCACUCACUGUGCAGAGCCCGCGGGUCAGACCAACGUACUGUCUUCCACAUUCCUCAGCCCGCAGUGCUCACCGCAGCAUUCGCCCCUCGGGGCUGUGAAAAGCCCGCAGCACAUCAGUCUGCCCCCGUCGCCGAACAACCAUUACUUCCUUCCCCCGUCAGCAGGCGCCCAGGGAGAAGAACACAGGGUCUCCUCACCUGCCGGCGGCCAGGUGUGCACUGCGCAGAACUCAGGGGCACACGAGGGCCACCCUCCAAGCUUCUCUCCCCAGCCUCCCAGCCUGCACCCCCCUUUCUCUGGAGCCGCGGCAGACAGCAGUCAUGGUGCCGGGGGCAAACCUUCUCCCAAAAGCCCAGGUGUGCAGCAAAAGAUGGUGGGUCUGCACUCUUCUGAUAAGGCAGGGCCAAAGUUUCCAAUUCCGUCCCCAACGUUUUCCAAGUCCACUUCCACAGUUUCAGAAAUAACUCAGCCGCCAUCCUACGAAGAUGCAGUGAAGCAGCAAAUGACCCGGAGCCAGCAGAUGGAUGAACUCCUGGAUGUCCUCAUUGAAAGUGGAGAAAUGCCCGCUGACGCCAGAGAGGAACAUUCAUGUCUUCACAGAGUCCCAAAGAUCCCCGGGUCUUCUCGAAGCCCCACUAGUGCCCUCCCCAAGUCCUCGGCAGCCUUUGAACUGGCGUCUGCAGGAGGCCAGCUCUCCUUUGAUCACUUUGGUGCUGACAGCGACGAGCACCUGGAAGUCUUAUUAAAUUCCCAGAGCCCCUUGGGGAAGGUGAGCGACACCACCCUUCUGAAAAUCGGGAGUGAGGAGCCCCCUUUCGACGGGAUGAUGGAUGGAUUCUCAGGGAAGGCUGUGGAAGACCUCUUCAAUGCACACGAGAUCCUGCCGGGCCCCCUGUCCCCCAUGCAGACUCAGUUUUCACCCUCCUCUGUGGACAGCAGUGGGCUGCCCUUAAGCUUCACAGAAUCUCCUUGGGAAAGCAUGGAGUGGCUGGACCUCACGCCGCCCAGCUCCACCCCAAGCUUCAGCUCCCUGUCUACCGGGGGCCCCAGCAUCUUCAACAUUGAUUUCCUGGAUGUCACGGAUCUCAAUCUGAAUUCCCCCAUGGACCUCCACUUACAGCAGUGGUAA